UCCAGGAUCGAGGACUACCGCGUUCCCGACCUCUUCCUCUCCUCCUGAUACCCUCCUCCCAUUUCUUUGGUCUCCUCCGCCUCACAGACCGGCUGCCGCUCGUUUCGCACACGCCACCGCCGUCGUUUCGUUUCCCAGCCUUCCCGCAACCGCAACUACAUCGUUGAGCAUAACCAAGUCCUCGGUGCACUGACCCGCGCAUCGAUCAGCACGCUCAAGACACCCAAUGCAACCCCAGGUUGCCAUGCGCGACAUUGCCGUGCUGACGCCACGCAUCCACCCCCGAUCGGCUUCCCCACGAUGAGAUCCUUCCUCGGCCAGGGGCUCCCCCGUACCCGUUUCUUGGCGCUUGACGCCGUCGCCGUCGCCGUCGCCCUCUUUCCCCUCGAUCUCGCCGCCGCCCUCAAAAAUGACUUCAGCGCAUACCCUCAGGGGUCGCAGGCCUGUCUCUACAGCGCGGCAGACAGCGCUGCGUGUACUGGCAGCACGGGCGCCGAGCUGAACCAGUGCCUGUGCACCAAUAAGGGCAACUUCGUCUACAACACGGCCUCGUGCGUCGCCAAAGACAGCCCCGGCGACCUCAACACCGUCUAUGCCACCCUCGUCUCCAAUUGUCAGGGCACGGGCGUGACUCUCGCCGUCUCCCAAGAUGCCUUCAUGGCUGCUGCUGCGGCGGCAACUGCGACAACUUCCUCGACGACUCCCACUGCUGCCACCUCGACGAGUGCUUCCACAGCAAGCAGUAGCGCCUCUCCGACGACUUCGUCGCCUGCGAGCCCAGCCAGCUCCGACGAUGCUCUGUCUACGGGCGCGAAAAUCGGCAUAGGGGUGGGCGUUGGGUUUGGCGCAAUUGCACUUGCACUGGCAGCGUGGUUUAUAUGGGCUUAUUCGCGGCGGAGACAGGGUCCCAUGCCACUGUCCUCGUCAGAUCAGGAUCAUCGCUCCUGGCAUCCUCCAGGAUCAAGCGCCUUCUCGUCAUCAACGCCGGCGCCCUCGGAAUGGGCAAACGAUAACAAGCAGACAGACGCCGUCGAGCUGGGCGCGACACCGUGGCGCCCGCCAGGGAACCCGGCAGCAACCGAGCAACCUCUGCUCUCCGAGCUCGGGGGCGACAUGGCAUACCACAAUAACAAUACCACUGGCUAUCAGGAUUAUGCGCCUGCAGGUGCCAACGGGGCAUACCAAAACCCUCAUUAUCCUCCGCAUGGGCAACCUCCAUACGGUAGCCCUCACACUCAGUAUGCAGGUGACACGCGCGGCCAUCCGUCCACGAGCCCCGUGCCUACUAAUGAUGGCUCGUGGACUCAAUCGUCCUCCAAUUCUCAGUCCUACACAAAUCAUCCUUAUAGUCCCCCGUCGACUUACUAGAAAUGCGUUUGUUCACAAGCCUGAAUUACCAUGCAGUUGUACAAUGAACGAAAAGCCAUCGAGGAAGUAAUCUUUUGGACCAGUCGCUUCGAGCGUUCUCGAUGUUGGUUGUUGGUCAUCACAAUCACCAUCACCUCCUGGCCUAUUUGAGCCUAGACCUGCUAUAAUUCACGAGACCGAUCUCGCUCAGUGUUGUAUAUAUGCUCCGCGGGCGAUGGAGCGCAUACCUGAUAGAUAUAAACUGGAGCUGUUUUAUCUUCGAGUGAAUGAAUAUCCUGGGCAACA